UGAGCAUUGAUUUCACACUUCAAAACAUUAUAAAAUACAACAUCAGUUUUAUAUAUUCAACUUUCAACACGGUUUUAGGCUGUUUCUUUUAAAUUUGAGUGUGAUGAUGUUGUUUUACAUAUAAUUUGUGGUUUAUUGAUUAUUUUGAGGGGUUAAAAGAAUAGAAAAUUGUAAAUUUUGUUGUAAUUAUUUUUGAGGUUAUCGUUCCAGAUGAGCAAAACAGAGCGACCUAGAAAAGAAGAAGCUGACGAUGAGUGUGCGAUUCGGACAAAAAUCAAAAUGGCGGGUGCAAUGUUGUUCGAACGAGCUGUUUCAACUCCCAGCAGGGAUGAUUUACACAAAAAUCUUGUUAUUCAGGGCGAAAUCGAGGAAAAUGAAGAGGAAGACAUCAAACAACGUGAAGCCGGCAUUUUACAACUUGGAGAGCAGUACAAGAACGAAGGUAAGGCUAAAGAAUUGGCCGAACUGAUCAAGGCUACACGUCCGUUUCUAAGUCUCAUCAGCAAGGCGAAAGCUGCAAAGUUAGUGCGAUCUUUGGUGGAUUUCUUUUUGGAUCUAGAAGCUGGUAUUGGUAUUGAAGUGCAACUGUGCAAAGAAUGUAUCGAAUGGGCAAAAGAGGAACGCCGUACCUUCCUACGUCAAUCCCUGGAAGCCAGACUUGUGGCACUCUACUUCGACACAGGUAUGUUCACAGAAGCUCUAACUCUCGGCUCAAACCUUCUCAAAGAAUUGAAGAAACUUGACGACAAAAACCUUCUAGUCGAAGUACUUUUGUUGGAAAGCAAAACCUAUCAUGCACUUUCUAACCUCUCUAAAGCUAGGGCCGCUUUGACUUCAGCACGUACAACAGCUAAUGCAGUGUAUUGUCCACCUAAAAUGCAAGCUGCUCUAGAUCUACAAUCUGGAAUUCUUCACGCUGCAGAAGAACAGGAUUUCAAGAUCGCUUACUCCUACUUUUGUGAAGCUUUUGAAGGUUAUGAUAGUAUUGAAAGCAACAAGGCCCUGACUGCUUUGAAGUACAUGUUGUUGACUAAAAUCAUGCUGAACACACCAGAAGAUGUACAACAGAUCAUCAGCGGUAAAACUGCGUUGAAGUACGGCGGGAAGGACAUCGAAGCUAUGAAAAGCGUCGCCCAGGCUAGCCACAAACGAUCCCUGGCUGAUUUUCAAAAAGUUUUGAAGAACUACAAAAAGGAACUCGAGGAAGACCCGAUUGUACGAGCUCACCUUGGUUCUCUCUACGACAACAUGCUGGAACAGAACCUCUGUCGCAUCAUAGAGCCCUACUCUCGCGUCCAGGUCGAAUUCAUAUCACAAGCAAUCAAACUGCCGACCCUGCAAGUUGAGAAGAAACUCUCCCAGAUGAUUCUCGACAAAAAGUUCCACGGAAUUCUCGACCAGGGUGAAGGUGUGCUAAUUGUGUUCGAGGAGAAAGCUAUGGACAAAACCUACGAAAUGGCGUUGGAAACGAUAACAAGUAUGGGGAAAGUGGUGGAUACCCUGUAUCAAAAAGCUAAAAAGUUAUCUUAGAUUUCAAUAAACUAACCUAGAAUUUACAAAAACUGUGAAAAUUACAAAAAAGUGUACUAAUACGGACUGAUAACUGUGUUUUGUAAACUGGAGGUGAGUUAUGAAGAUAAUACUUAUUUAUAUAUUGCUAAAGUUAUGACACAAAAAAAAUACAAAUUAUAAAAUCUCAAAAAAAUAUCUACUUUCUCUCUUGUUUCUCGGGUUAAAUUGCGGAAGAAACUGUAAGAAAAUCACCAAUUUAUCAUAUAUCAAAAAGCACAAGAAUUAUUAAGUUUUGAAAACAAUGUUCUUGAAACUACUAACCUAUCAUAAUAUUUAAAUCUUUGGUUUUUCAUUAAUAAACUUGGUUUCUUACAACCAAAAUUUAACUACUUCAACUUAAUAAAAGUCAAAUUAUUGGUGAAUAAAAUUACUUUUGGGCUUUUCAUUUUUAUUACAACUUGAAUUAGUUUAACUGACCCCAAUUAACAGUGAUCAUUUUUGUAGGAAAAGGUUUUUGUUUCUACUUUCCUCCUAAAAAAUUGAUGAAUCAUUCCUCAUAUUGAUCUGCUUGAACCCACUCAGUUUCAAGUCAUUAUUUUGUUUUCUUUAUUCUAAAAAUUGAAGGAUCAUUACUUAAUUUUUUCUAUUUGAACCCAAUCUAGUAAAAUUUCGUAUUUUUUUAAGAUUAAUUUGUUUUAGUUCUCUCUCCAGUCAAACUUUAUCCACAAUAGGCCUUAUUUAACCCAAUCUAUAUUAUUAAAUCAUGAACAAUCUAUAGAUCAUGAAACUCUUUGUGUUAAAAUUUAUUUAUUUUUAGUAUCAAUUUUUCUAAUCUUAUCUUUGUUGCAUCUGCUGAGGCAGCUCUCUUGUUUUCAGUUGACUAACUAUCAAAUCUCCUAAUUCUCAAUUUAAUCACUCACAAUGUAUUGAAUCAUAAUGUUGAACAUACUUCAUUGAAAUUUCUCAUAUCGCUUAGCCUACUAAUAAAUUUUACUAAAUUAAUAACCUAUUUGAAGCAAUUUAUUGUCCCAAUUAUGCAAAAUUGGUAUUUGGGGCAAUUUUAUUUCUAUCAUUUACAAAACAAGUUGAAUCUUUAAAGCGAAUUAAACAAUGUUUAUUGAAGAUUUUGUCAAUUGAAGUUAGUUAACAUAGUCUUUGAAAGAUUGCUCUCCUUUGAAUUAUUUUAGAGAUAAAUUUGUUGCUAGAAGUUGUAGCCUAAGUUUCCUAAUGAUAGUGGAGAAUUUACUUCUUGUCCUUGGAUACUUCAAAUUUUGUUAUACAUUCUUAGUGAAUUGAAGGCAAAAUAAAUUUCAAUUGCAAGGCUUCUAUUUAUCAUGAAUUUACAUCCAAGAGUUUUGGAAAAAUCAAAAAUUGCUUCUCAUAAUUUAAAAAUUUAAGGGAAUUCUAUAACUUGCUAGUUGAUCUAGUUUCCAGUGUAUAAAUUUACUUCCACCUUGAAAAUUUUUGAAAUUAUGCUUUCAUUUCAAAUUUGUCCCAACUAAUAUGAAUUUAUUGAUAUUAUUCUACAUCUUAGAUUAAUGUAAAGAUGCCGAAUUAAUCAGUUCUUUAUAUAUUUUGAAAAACUUAAUGAGAAACAGUUGUUGCUAAUAUUUUUUGUUGAAUUCCUAAUGAAAAUACUUUGAAAGUUGUUUAUUUCAUGAAGGAUAGUGAAAAAGUUUUCAAGUAGAUUCAACAAAUUGCAAUAAAGAAAUUAGCAUCUUCUGUAUUUUUGGGAAGUGAUAAUUCAUUUAUAUUUUAGAAACAAUUGAAAAUUCUGUUCCUUUAUUUGUCAAACAUAUUUUUGAUUGCAAAACAGAAGUUUAUAUUGUGCUAACUACUGUAUAAAGACUGCUGAUAUCUUAGAAAAUUUUAAAAAUAAACUUCAAUAAAUUUUUAGAGGUUAAAAUUUUGAAUAUUGAUUUAGUUUGUUGCGUAAUGGUUCUGAGAAUCCAUUUCGUGAAUAGAUCUAUCUGGGAAUUGAUUAUUAUUUUUAACCUAAUUUGAAAAUAAAAUUGAACGUUUAUUAAUAA